GUGUACUUCGUUACUUGGCAGUCAGUGCUGUCGUCGGUGAGAUUGAAUUGCUCAGAGUUCAGUUCGCCAAGUCGGCACGCACUGCAAUAGUUUAUCAGUGUAGAAAAGAAAAAAAUUAAUAUCAAUUUCGAUUAACGUGUGGAGGAUAAGAGAUGUGCAUGGAUUAGUGGAGAAAAAUUGUCACAAUCCUCCAUCGCGAUGAUUGGGGGUCUGUUUGUUUACAACCACAAGGGGGAGGUUCUUAUAUCUCGUGUCUACCGAGAUGACAUUGGCAGAAAUGCUGUUGAUGCAUUUCGUGUCAAUGUAAUCCAUGCGCGUCAGCAGGUUCGUUCACCAGUUACGAACAUCGCCAGAACUUCUUUCUUCCACAUCAAAAGAGCCAACAUAUGGCUCGCUGCUGUAACAAAACAAAAUGUCAACGCCGCAAUGGUCUUUGAGUUUUUGCUCAAGAUCAUCGAUGUCAUGCAAUCUUAUUUUGGCAAAAUUUCCGAAGAGAACAUCAAGAAUAACUUUGUGCUCAUCUACGAAUUGCUGGAUGAAAUCUUGGACUUUGGCUACCCUCAGAACUGCGAUACCGGUGUAUUGAAAACAUUCAUUACUCAGCAAGGAGUGAAAUCUGCAACAAAGGAAGAACAAGCGCAGAUAACAUCGCAAGUUACUGGUCAAAUUGGCUGGAGAAGAGAAGGCAUAAAGUAUCGUCGAAAUGAACUUUUCCUCGAUGUAUUGGAAUAUGUUAAUUUGUUGAUGAGCCAACAAGGACAAGUUUUGAGCGCACAUGUUGCUGGCAAGGUGGUGAUGAAGUCAUAUUUAUCGGGUAUGCCCGAAUGUAAGUUUGGAAUCAAUGAUAAAAUCGUAAUGGAUGCUCGGGGCAUGAAGGGUGGCGCUGGAACUCUUGGUGGAGUGAAUGACGAUCCGACAGGAGCCCGUUCAGGAAAACCUGUGGUUGUUAUAGACGAUUGCCAAUUUCAUCAAUGCGUCAAACUCUCUAAAUUCGAGACUGAACAUUCCAUUAGUUUUAUACCACCUGAUGGUGAAUUCGAAUUGAUGAGAUACCGUACAACGAAAGAUAUAUCACUACCAUUUCGCGUAAUACCACUGGUACGCGAAGUCGGGCGUACAAAGAUGGAGGUGAAAGUAGUUCUAAAGUCGAAUUUCAAGCCAUCGUUGUUGGGUCAAAAGAUCGAGGUGCGAGUACCAACGCCACUGAACACGGCAGGUGUACAAUUGAUAUGUCUUAAGGGCAAAGCCAAAUACAAGGCAUCGGAGAACGCGAUAGUGUGGAAAAUAAAGCGUAUGGCCGGAAUGAAAGAAACACAACUAUCAGCGGAAAUAGAUCUAUUGGAGACGGAUACGAAGAAAAAAUGGACUCGACCCCCCAUAUCGAUGAAUUUCGAGGUACCGUUCGCUCCUUCGGGCUUCAAAGUCAGAUAUUUGAAGGUCUUUGAGUCCAAACUCAAUUAUUCCGAUCAUGACGUUAUUAAGUGGGUAAGAUACAUCGGUCGCAGUGGUCUUUACGAGACUAGAUGCUAAAAUUAUAAGACAGGAGUAUGAAUGCGUAAAAGAAAAGAGAAAAGCAAAUGAUAUAAACCAAAAGACGCGUAUAAAGGUCGUUCAACGUUAAGAAAAUAAUGAAAUUAGAUGAGAGAUGAUAAGAAAAAAACAACCAAGACGGCAGCACCAAAUUUACCCGAAUGCAAAUAAAGCCAAACAAAAUUAAGUCGGGAAACAUUGAAAUAGUUUCAAAGGAACGUAAUAACGACAGUAAGUUCUGCUUCUUUCCGAUCAUGUAGAAAAAUCAUCAAAUCGUUUUUAUUUUGUAUUAUACAUGGGCCAAAAACUAUUGUUUAUCAGGAAUAUGCUGAAUCACCAUUAGAAGUUCACGUUUUAAGGAAAAGGUGAUACUAUUUUAACGUUACAACUGCCAAACGGCGUGUUCCACAAUGUUUUCUUCCCUACUAUAAAUACCGUUCACAAGACGUUGUAUUUCAAUCUUUGCACAAUCGAUGUAUUCGAUUGCAGAAAAGUUGAGAAUAGUAAAAUUCGCGCAAAAUGGUUAUUUUGUGUUUCACAAUGAUAAUAUUCACCAUCGAAAUAUCAAUAAAAUCAAACAUUUUUCAUUGCGUUCUUGAGAGACGAUUUUCGAUAUCUCAAAAUAUAAGAAUUUCCAAAAAUGGUGGUCAGCCGUUGAGCUCGAAGGGUUUCGAUGAAUAUCUUAUACGGUGCAGGUCGAAUAGCGUUCAAAGGUUAUUUGGUGUGUGUGUAUAUAGCAUGAAUAAAAUAUUAAAGCUCUCUCUUUCUCUGCCCCCCGUUCCUCUCUCAACUAUUGAAUGAUCUAUAAAAAGAGAAGCACGAAAGCACGAUCGAAAAUCGCUUGAUUGCUGAAUUAUUUGGAACAGUCCAUUUUGCCUUUAAACGAACGCGAGGAUUUUCUUGAUGUACGGUCAUCUUCUCGAGGUGUGGAAUAUUGCCAAAUUGUUUAUCGGCAAAUAUUUUCUUCAAAUGCGCAAAGUCAUUGGAGAAUCGUGAUUUAAUUGAACGGAUGAAAUUCGUGUGAAAAUUCUAUAUAUCCUGGCAAACUCAACGAAUGAAAAAUUAUUUCGUUUUUGAACAAGCAGCAGAAUGCUACGAUUUACUUUAGUUUUAACAGUAUAAUUUUUCCGAGUUUCUUGAAUACUCAUUGUAAAAAGUUACGAGUUGACUCUGUAAAGACGACGCUGAAUGCAAGAUUUUCAAUGAAAUAAUCAUGGAUAACCAUUACCCAGAAACGUUGAUUCUUGUAAAAUGACGUGGAACGAAACUCGAGCUCGCAUAGAGCGGAUAUACUAAGAUUUAUCAAAAUAGAAUAGUUAUGCAGCAGAGUUAUGGUUUCCACGUGAAAGUCAUUGCGAGAAUAGUGCAUAUUAAAAAAAAAAAAAAAAAAAAAAAAAAAAAAAAAUCAAUUCGAAUAUUUUUCACACUAUUCAGGAGCGACGUACUGUUUUAAGUUUAAUUCCAAAUUUGUACAAUACUCUCGAUUAUUAUAAGGCGAUAAAAUGAAAUGGUCUCAUGGGAAAACACAUGAAAUUGAUGAGAAAACAAAUUCUCCACUUUUUGGAUAUGACUGGGCACCAACAGCGCGAAAACCUCGAACCUUAUGGCCUCUCUUUGGUAUCGAAACGGACUUACCAAUAAUUGAAGCGCGAUUUGUCUGAAAAUAAUCUCAAGAUGCAUCGAUCCAAUAUCGUAUUUCGUUUAAUAUGAUAAAAGAGGUCGUUUAAUACGAUUAUCGAUAAAAAUAAUAUAAUGUCGAUGUUAAUACUCGUUGUAUCGCAGAAAUAUCAUGCAGGCUGGAACGAUAACGAGAGAGAGAAAAAAAAUGUAGACGAACACAAAACACUCGGUGGUUCGACGACUUUGUUUUUAGCCCGUCAUGAUUUUUUCUGUAUGCUUAAACAACAAAAAUAAAAAACAAUCUAUAUGAAUCUCGAAA